AUGCCGAAAUAUCAUACAAAAUGGAUCAUAAAGUCUCUGCGACAUACUAUAAAAACAGGCUUAAUUAUCUUAAUCCCCACUCUAAUACUUCAAAACCCAAAAAAAUCAUCUAAUACGCACCAGCUUCAUAUUGUUUUCUUCAUCACGAUGUCUUCGUCGUUCAUUCCUUCGUCUUCUCCACUGGCCAACUCUAAACGUCAAUCAGUGCCUGCUUACGUUCCAUGCGUUCAAUCGGGCAAGCGACCGUUUCGUUCUCGCGGCGGAGGCAUUCAAGAGCUGGAAGAACAAUUCACCACUAUGAGAAUUGUGAGUUUUUCUUGCACUUUUAUUAAAUUUCUAACAAAUUUUCCAUUCAUUUCACAGACCGAGAAUGGCCUCACGCACAUGUAUGUCAAGGUACCGUUUCCGGAAUCUGCAAUCAACGAUGACGGAAAGUGCCAAAACUUGAUUGGUCGCAUACUUGGCCCGCGUGGCAUCUCUGUUCGACAGCUGGAAAUGCUCUACGGAUGCAAAAUAUUGAUAAGAGGCAAAGGUUCGGUCAAGGACGCAGCAAAGGAGAAACGCUUGCGCGGGAAGCCUGAAGGGCGCCAUCUUGAGGAGAAGCUGCAUGUGCUCGUUGAGGUUCAAGACCUGACUCAUGAGAUGUGUGCUCGAAAGUUGGCGAAUGCUAAGCAGUGUAUUGAGAAGUUGAUGGUUCCUGUUGUGUUUGACGAGUACAAGCGUCAACAGCUCAUCCAACUGGCAAUAAUCAAUGGUAGAAAACCCGAACCUUUUCAAAUAUAA